UGUACAUACAAAUCACAAGUGAUAAUCUGAAAUAAAAUGUUUCUGACAGAUGGCCCAAGAAACACUUUAGCAUCAGUCCAUCCUUCUGCUGAACCAGUGGAGGGGGAUUCAGUGACUCUGGCCUGCAGCAGUGAUGCCAACCCACCAGCACAGAACUACACCUGGUAUAAGAAGAGAGGAGAUCAAUCUUCACCAGUUGGAUCGAGUCAGAAUUACAGCUUUACAAACAUCAGCUCUGAGCAGAGUGGACUCUAUUACUGUGAGGCUGGGAAUGAGAUUGGACAGAACGGAUCUUCAGCGGUACAGAUCACUGUAACAUAUGUACCAAGAAAUACCUCAGUAUCAGUCCAUCCAUCUGGUGAUAUAGAAGAGGGCGACUCAGUGACUCUGACCUGCACCAGUGAUGCCAACCCACCAGUGCACAACUUCACCUGGUACACUAACAAGCAUGGGUCUGAGUCUGAAUGGAUCGGAGAAGGACGGAGCUACAACAUCCCUACCAUCAGCACUGAGCAUACUGGAUCUUACUACUGUAAGGCAGAGAAUAAACGUGGAGCCAGCCGUUCCAGUGGCACAUUUUUGGAUGUGUACUAUGGCCCAAGAAACACUUUAGCAUCAGUCCAUCCUUCUGCUGAACCAGUGGAGGGGGAUUCAGUGACUCUGACCUGCAGCAGUGAUGCCAACCCACCAGCACAGAACUACACCUGGUAUAAGGAGAAAGAAGAUCAAUCUUCACCAGUUGGAUCGAGUCAGAAUAUCAUCUUUGCAAACAUCAGCUCUGAGCAGAGUGGACUCUAUUACUGUGAGGCUGGGAAUGAGAUUGGACAGAACAGAUCUCCAGUGGUACAGAUCAGUGUAACAUGUAAGUUUUAAACUCAAGACAUGCAGCAGCAUAGAACAUGAAAUUUUGGCCAUGAUCGAGUCAUCUGCCCAUAAUGAUGUAAUGUUAUAGUUACUACAAUAAUAGUAAGUAAGUCUAUAUUGUUUUUGCCAAGUGAAAAUCAUACCUUAUCAUACUUUCUUAUUUAUUUUCUUGUGAAAUCCAAAUAACGUUUUGUCAAGUUAAAAAAACACCUACUUAUUGCAAUGACAAACACAUCCAAUGUUUUCCACAGUCCUCAUGUCUGAUGAAACUGGCAUUUAACUCUCCACUGCUGGCCAUUUUCAUGUCUGAUAAAGCUGGUAUUUACUCUUUGUUGUUGCACUCUGUCUCUCAAAAGACCCAAAGAUACCUUCCUGCUGGACUGCUGUUGUUGGAGGUGUGAUUGGAGGAAUGUUGGCCGGUCUAGUAUCUGGAGCUGUGAUUGGAGUUGUUGUUUACAAGAGAGCGACACAAACCAGAGAAGUGAGAAGCACCACCAUUGGUACAGCGGGAGACACCACAGCUGGUUCACAGG